GCACUAAAUUCUCAGCUAUUCAACAUUAGCAUGGCUUCGUAUCGCCUCUAGAUGACAUGGCCCGGUGCGUCAUGUUUUGGGAAAAACUCAAGUUUUCACCUCGUUCUCACGCAUGUUCGUCCCGGAAGCAAAACCGAAGCAGAAAGCGAUGCUGCUGAUGCAGGUAGGUCUCAGAUAGAAACACUGGGCGGGUGUGGGCGGCGUUUUAACUCCUUUAUCCUCCUCCCUCAUCAACUUCUCAUGGAUAACCUUCUCGUUUGUUGUGUCAUUGCGCUCAAAGAACAUGUCAGGAUCAUCAACCUGACCGCACUCAUCCCCCCAAAGCUCGGCUUUCUGCAGCAAUGCGUCUGGGAACAAGUUCGACAGCACCUUUACUUCCCUUAAACUUACAGUAGCCUACUUGGUGGUUUUGUUUUUUCUUAUUUCCUCUACUUUAAUUGCGCUUCGAUACCUGGGCGACCUGGGAGAGUAACGCAUCCGAGGCGACGGGCAGCGAAUAUGGAGCUCAUUUGCCAUGUCUAAGACAGCGGUGAAGAAACUGCACUGGCGGUCCAAUGUGCAGGAUACCUUCGUCCCCUUGCUUGGCGCGUCCGGAGAGCUGGGAGUCGCGGUUGGUGGCGGAGCAGAUUAUGGAGAGUUUCCUUUCGUCACGUCGGCUCCCGGCGGCGGCCUCACAGUGGGAGACAUCAUCCUGGAGAUCGGGGGAACUCCGGUACUGGGGAUGACUUUAGGAGAUGUUCGAGGAGUCCUCAACUCCUGCCCCCAUCCUAUCCGUAUCAAAACUGUUUCACCAGGCUCCACAUUGUGCAAAGAUCUCAGGUUAUAUCUGAGUAAGUGCUUCACACCCGGCUCAGUGGACAGCCAGCUUCAGCAGGUCAUCAGAGAGAACCUCUACCUCCGAGCCGUACCCUGUACGACCAGGCAGCCCAGAGACGGGGAAAUCUCAGGGGUGGACUACAACUUUGUCUCCAUUGAGGAGUUUUUCUCUUUGGAGGAGUCCGGAGCGCUGCUCGAGAGUGGGAAAUUCAAAGGGAAUUACUACGGCACACCUCGUCCUGUUCACAUAGGUCCAGAGAGUCCCCCCAUCACCUACCAGGAACACCGUAACCUGCUCAGAAACUUCCGCACACGCAGCAAAUCCCUCAGCAACCUGGAAAAGGCUGCAGACGAAGGCAGAAACGGCGAGGACGACUUAGGUGGCUCUGCAGGAGUAAGCAUUCCUAUUGGCCACCGGUCCCCCGGUCGGCCCCGGGCAUCCAGCAGCGGAGUCGAGGGUCAUGGCAUAGAGAAUGGGAUCAUCGGCAGCAGAAGAGGUGCCAGAAUCAGAGGCAUGAUGCCCGAUCACUGGGAGCAGGCGUUCAGUGACCCUGGAGAAUCACUUUACAUCGGGCGCAGCCCGAGGAGGACCAGCUGGCUGGGCCCUCGUCCCUCAAGCAGAGAGACCAACUACAAAAAUGAAUGGUUCACUGACCUGCCUGAGGAUCUCAGGGGUUUCCCUGUCCAUGCACACUUGAUCAAGGGCUCCAGAGGGUUUGGUUUCAACAUAGUCGGAGGCAGCCGUCCAAGAGAGUUUCUCCAGGUCUACAGUGUGACGGCAAGUGGCCCCUCCACUCUUAAGACAGCGGACAUACUCGUGUACAUCAACGAUGCUUGUGUGUUGGGAAUGUCUCACAAAGAGGCGGUAGAGAUGCUCAAGUCAGUGCCUGUGGGCCACAGCAUAGACAUCGAGGUGAGAAGGGGGUAUCCAAUGCUCUACAACCCGGACGGUCGCCCCAAGCAGCCGUUGCCAAGGUUACUGGACGCCGAGGACCACCAUGUCGCGCCUACCACCACCCAACCGCAACCUCUUCACCAGCUACCUCGCCUUUCAACUCCUUCACCGCAGAGCCAGCUCUUUAACGGCUACCACAGCGACAGAGGCUACGUGGAGCACGGCGUGACCCUGGAUGCCAACGGAAACGCCACGUCUUACGCGUCCAGACUGCCGCCGCCGUACAGGCGCUCCAGCGUGAGCAACGCUGCGCCGUUCUCCCCAGUGCGGCCUCCGCGGUCACACAGGAGCGUAGCCAGGCUGCAGUCGCUGGACCCGACGCUGGCCAGCCAGAGCGACAGUGAGGUUGUUUCUGCGGUCGGUUCACACAGGGCGUCAAUGAUACGAAAUCACAACAAUAACUCCCUGACGACACCGCAGCAUCAUUUACGUUAUGGAACGUCAAAGUCAUCCGAAAGCGACUUGUCCACCUGCACCAUGCCGGGGACCAGGCUGCCACUCCCCGAGUCGCCGCGGAGACCGUCGUCUUCCUCCGGCGGGCCCCGCAGCGCUCACACCCACCUUUUCAGACCGCAGACCUCCCUUCUCAGACCACCGCCCACCAGAGAAAGCCCACACCACCACGGCGUCAACGGUUUCCAUGGCAACACCAGCCCCACUGCCAGCCCCAGCAGCGUUUCCUCUCCUGGCGCGAUGAGUGUGGGCAGCGGGUUCGGGGGAUUCACCGGAGGGGAACUCGUUCCAGUGGCCUUGGCGCAAACCGAAGGAGACCGGGGCCUCGGGUUCAGCCUGAUGGCUGGUGGUUCUGGAGGCAGGUUGACCGUGGUGGAGAGAGUCUUUGACAGAAAGCAGUGCAACUCCCUGCAGCCAGGGGACGCUGUGGUCAAGAUCAAUGGAGCUGAUGUGCAGAGCCUCAGCCUCACUCAGAUUCAGACAAUCCUGCAGGAACACACAAAACUGGGAGAAGUUAUUCUGCUGGUUUACAGAGGAGGCACCUAUCACUUAUCGGUUUCUCCCGGCUCGGUCCGGAGACUCCCUCCGCCUCUGCUGCGCCCCCCUCCUCCUCCCGUUGACGCGGACAAUUCGUCGUUGCUCCCCGAGGCGCUGCCCGUUCCCCGCAGCGCCACCAGCAACCCUCCCUCCCCGCUCCUCAGCAGCUCCUCUCUGAUCCAGAGCACCAGUUUCCUGGAGUCGAUUCCAGUGACCCUGACCAUGGAGCCCAAAGACUGGAUCGACAUCGGCCUGGAGGACGAGGCCGGCGGCGGCGGCGUGUCGGUUCCUGAAGCGAGCCUGGAGAAGCGGAAGGGCGAGCGGACGCGGCGCUUCAGAGGGUUCGAUGUGGAACUGAGGAGAAAGCCCGGGGAGGGAUUCGGGUUUGUGAUUGCCUCUCAGGACUUGGAGAACGGAAGAGCUAAUCAAAGAGCCAUGCUGGAGAGACUACAGUCUGCUUUGAAAACUGUAAAGGAGUCCAAACCUGCGUCCCUCCUUCCUCACCGCUUCGUCACAGUCCGGCGCGGCAGCCCGGCAGCGAAGAGCGGCCAGAUCCGGCCCGGAGACCGCCUGGAGGCCGUCGAGGGCCGCUCGGUGGUGACGCUGCCUCACCGGGAGCUCGCUCAGAUUCUCCGCAGAGCCGGGAACACGCUGCGCCUCACCAUCGUGCCCCGGCCCAGCACCUACGCUUCAAAUCACACAGAAACCGCCGACCACGACCACGGUCACAGGAGCAGGAAGGGUCAGAGGUCACGCCCAAAGCGUGACUCCAGGUAUUACAGCGUCGACCUGGACCGCGGGCCGUCCGGCUUCGGCUUCAGCCUCCGAGGCGGCAGCGAGUACAACAUGGGCCUCUACGUCCUCGGGCUGAUGGAGGGCGGCCCCGCGUCACGCAGCCAGAAGAUACAGGUCAGCGACCAGCUGGUGGAGAUCAACGGGGACAGUACGACCGGGAUGACCCACAGCCAGGCCGUGGAGAUGAUCCGCCGCGGAGGCCACCGGAUCCACCUGGUGCUCAAGAGAGGCAACGGCUACGUGCCUGAUUACGCCCGUGAGCACAGAAUCACCUCCUCCUCCCUCCUGCACAACCCCAAAGAGCAGAGUCUGGCUGCAGUGAGCUCCACCGGACAGAGGGGGCGCCGCGCCAAGCAGACGAGGAGGAGCAGGUCGGUGGGAGACGUGAGGGGGACGGGAGCCGUCAGAGGAAGAACGAGAAGAAGGCGGGGCUCGGUAGGAGGAGGUCGCUUACGGAGCCCCGUCUCUGAGCGCGGGGACGGGGAGAGGAGAAAGAGGAGGCCUCAGAGUUUACCGAGAGACGCAAUCAGGAAACAUGAAGACGAAGAGGCAGGAAGGGGAAGAAGACGAGAGAAGGAAAGAGGGAGGAGCAGACAGAGAGAGAGGAAAAGCAGGAGUUUGGAGAGGGGGAGGAUGAGAAAAGAGGAAGAGGAGGAAGGACCUGCUGCUGAGGAGGAACCAGAGCGAAGAACGGACUCAGCAGAAAGUGAAGAUGACGAUGUUUUCCUACCCAUUCCAGUCCCGAUCCACAGACUCCCCAGACCGAAGGAAAACCGGGAAGACGAAACCGAUGAAAACUGGAACAUGGUGGCAGAAUACUGGGACCUGAGGAGGGACGAAGAGGAAGAGGAAGAGGAGGAGGAAGACUGCGACGCAGAGUCGGUCAUCUCUGACUGGCCCUUACCAGGAGUCACCGUGGCGGGUCCGGAGCCGCACAGAGAGCCGUUCUCCUUCCUCGCCUCCACGCUGUCCCAGGACCAGCUGGGCGACACCGCGUCGGAGUCUGGAGACAGCCAAUCAGACGCCAGCGUCUCCGCCGCCAGCAUUUCAGGGCUCUCGCUGGCCGCCGCCGCGCUGCCCGGUCCGUGGCUCGUUCCGGGUCAGCAGAGGCUGGUUCAGUUUGAGGAUGAGCAACACGGGCAGGACAGGAGAAGAAGAAGAAGCCACACCGCUGUCCCCUGACUGUUACUGAGAGAUAAAACAUGCAGCAUUUAAACGACGCGGCAUCAGAUCGUGAUCCAUCUCCUCCUGACCAGCCGUCACUUUGAACCUGCAGCUCAUGUUCUUUGUGCCUUUCUGCAGCUCAUCUCUGGACCGCGUUUCGGUUUGAGCCUCCACCAAAUGUUGCAAACGUUUUUCCAGAAGGCUGCUGCACAUUUCUACCUACCUUCAGUUACUGACCCACACUGCAAAAACACAAAAUAUUAUCAAGUGUUUCUAGUUUCUAGUGCCAAGUGUCCUGGUGCUCAUGAAAUGGUAGUUUGACUCUAUGGAACGUAGUGCAGUAAAAGAAUAAACAGAGUUAUUUCUUACGGUAACGUAGAUUUACAAGAAAAUACUACUUCCACUGAUAGAUUAUUUCUAUGGAAGAAGAAUAAGAAAAAAAUCUGAAUUCUGAUUUUUUUAUUUUAUCUGAAUUCUGAGAAAAAAAAUGCAAUUCUGAGAAAAAGUUUACAAAUUCGGAAAUCAAUAAAUCUGAAAUCGGAGAAGAAAAUAUCCAAAUUCAGACAAGAAGUCAGAUUCCUCUGCCGCCAGUUGGUCCUAAUCUGCACAUUUCACUUAUACCAAGGUAAAGAUGUCUUGUUACUAAAGUGGCAAGUAUUCAUUAAUAUCAAUUAAAGUUACUUAUAAGUUAGUUAAGCUUUAUUUCAAGUGUACUAAGAUAUCUGCACUAGAAAUUAGACCAAAAUUACCUGGUAACAUUUUGUGUUUUUGCAGUGUACCCACUCCAUCAGCUUCCCUCUGUCCACUUUUGAUUAAGGCAAAGACUUUUUACCUCAUGAAGAUACUGAGCAAUAAAAAUGCUGCGACUGUCCGAGACUAUCAGCCGUCCAUGUGCACUCCGCUGUGCGUGUGUGUGUGUGUGUGUGUGUGUGUGUGUGUGUGUGUGUGAAACCCUUUUUGAAGCGUCCCUAUUCUGUGAAUAUCUGUAAAGAAAUAAGUUAAGAGUUUAUUGUAAAUAUUAUAAUUGGAGAAGCUCUGAUUUGUAUACCUUUAAUGAAAAACUAGUAUAUUUGAAUAUAUGCACCAAACAGAUACACACAUAUUUACACAUAUAUCUUACAAAUAACAGGUAACUGACCGUUUUUAUUGUGCGAUGAUGUGAAAAUCGGUACCCAGUUUUUGUGAACACAUAAAUAUGCAGUGCCUUCCAAAAGUAUUCACACCCCCUGAACCUUUUCACAUUUUGUAUCGACACAACCAUCAAAUGCAGUGUUUUAUUUAUUAUCAAUGUGACAGACGAAAUGCUUUAAAAAUAAAGAGCUGAGAAGUGUGGCGUGAAUUUGUUUGUCCUGACUCGACAUUAGCUUUGUCUUUUAAGUAGCGGCUCCAGUUUAGUUGCUAACCCUCAAAUUGAUUCUUUGACUAGGCCAUUCUGAUGCAUAAAUGAGCUAAUUACAGGAGACCUAUUAUGCAAAAAUCACAUUUUGCAUUUUUUCUACUUCCAUUUGUGUCUCUACUGCUCCUAAAAAAAGACAACCCAAGCGCUUAAAGAAAACACCCUGACAUUUUCUGGUGAUAAGUUAGCGUUUUUUAGUGUUUGGAAAAUUAGCCGUUUCACAAACAUCUUUUGUAACGCUACACUGUUACCUAGCAACCCAAGUAGUGCUCCAGGACAUUUGCUCAGCUGGAUUUACUGCUGUACAAUGGCUGAUGGAAAAGGCAAGUGUUUUGUUGCUGACUUACCAUUCGGAAACCGCUUGCUACAUUCUUGUUGGUUGUGCAGGAGGGUCUACUUCUGCUUUUCAAAGAUGUACAGUUUAUAAAUGUGCAUCUGUUUGUAUCCAUUUUUAAGUGGGAAUGUAAACGUUGAGUUGGGGGGCGUGGCCAGCAGCAGCUGUUUAUUUGGAUUUAAAGAGACAGGAUGCCCUAACAGAAGCUCAUUCUGAAAGUAGGUCAAAAAUCUUAUCUAAGAAUAAUUUUGUUCAAAAAAAUGUGAUGAAAAUGUUUUUUGUAACCUCAGAUUUAUCCUAAUCUAUUUAAGGAACCGUAAUAGGUCACUUUUAGAAACACGGUUUAUCUGGCUGGUUGUUUUUCUGUUGGAAGGUUAAAAUCCUGCUUCAUCCGUUCUCCCAUCUGCUGUGACGCUGGUGCUGCCACCACCGUGUUUCAUGAUGGCGGUGUUAGUUUUCCGCCACAUUUAAAUUUGCAUGUUGGCUACAGAAAUAAAUUUUGGCUUCAUUUGACCAACGCACCUUCCUCCACCUGUCAGGGGCGUUGCUAACAUGUUUUGUGGUAAACUGAAACAAAUGGCAAUAAAAGAUAAAAAUCUUCUGCGUAGCGUCUUCUCCGAUUGAUGUUCUCCAUGCCAGGACUGUCCGUUUAUUUGGACAUGGAUAAUUUGGUAGGUUUGUCCAAAGCGCUGCAUGAUGUUUUCAAAUAGCAACUUGUAAUCUUUAUGAAUGUUGCCAUUAUGAAACAACUUCUGGUUAAAAAGUAGUUUUAAAAAAACUAACAGACUCCUUCUGAGAAGGAUUAGCAUGUCGUGUGUGAAACUAGCAAUCUAAAAGGUUCUUGGCAAUAUUAAAAUUGCACAAAAUCUUAAGGCAGCAACACAGUGACGUUCUGUAACCUAUGACCUGUGAAACUUUCCACCUGCUGUGUUUGUUCUUGUUUUAUUCUCUAACAAACCUCUGAUACCUUCACUGAACACCUCAAUUUAUGCUAAUUUUUAAUUAUUUUGUGAAAAAAAGAAAACAGUGCAUUACUUUCAGUGGUUGUUUUUGAUAUGGCGGUUGCCCAGGGUGGCAUUAGAAAGGGGGCGGCAGUUUGAUCAAGUUUUAAUGUGUUUGCUUGUUUUUCUGCUGUUACAUAAAUCCCAGUUAAAGUUGCUGAAGCUUGUUGUGAAACAUGGUUGCGCAAUUCCAGUCAUUCAGAGCAACUUUUAGAUGCAUUCCUGAAUCAGCAGAAAUGAAUCAUUCAUUUGGUUGAGCUGGAUUGGACUAGGCCACCAAAAAUCUAAUGAGCUUAAAGGGUGUGAAUACUUUUCCAAGGCACUGUAACAUGUACUACAGAUAACAGGCAUAUGUUCCUAUUUAUUACUGUGCAAUGAUGUGGAAAAUCCCACCUUUUGUAAACACACACAAACAAAUGUAGCACCUGUCAUAGUCUUAAGUGAAUGUUUUGUAAAAUGCUGCUUGAGUGUUUCAGAGUUAAACCGUUAGCAAAGGAUGCCAAAAAAUAUGCACCCGGUGUGUGUAUUCAUAUUUCCACUACCGUUGUUAUUGUGUAUCCGAAGAAAAAGAGAAAAAAAAAAAAAAAAAAAAAAAAUCUAGAUUCCUGAGAGUGCUGUGCCCAUCGUGCCACGUACAGUUAGUUGCCUUGGUAACAAACCACUUUAUCCUAACCACUGGUUUUUCUUACUGUGAAAAUCUUUUGCUCUGAGGUGUCUAAUACUACGGAUGGGUGGACCGUUGAGGAAUUUCAGCCAUGCCAAAAAAAUAUUUAAAAAAUGAAACAUCAGCGGAAUCUGAGCUCUGAGAUGGUGAACUAGCACAUCAUUUUCUGUUGCUCUCUUUUUAAAUUAUUAUAACUUAAAGGAAUCAACCUGAAUGGAUACUGUGAGAUGUUAUUUUUCUAUUUAGAUAAUAAUGAAAAAGAUUUUUCUUUUUUUAUAUUCUCAGGUUUUAUGACACUUUGCUCUAGAAAAGCCAUUCGGGUGAGAAGCUGCUCUUCAUAGCACGAUGUGGACCUGCAUUAUUAUUUUAACGCUACAGCAAUAUUAUGUUGAUUUUCUGCAGCUGCAUUAAGAGACACAGACUGUUAUUACUACCAGUCAUUUCCCAAAGGCUUAAAUCAACUUUACCUACCGUUUCCAGUCCAUUUGAUUGCAUUGAUGUGCUGCAAAUGACCAGACGAUCAUGUUAUAUUAGCUUUGCCUAUUUUAUAAUGUUUGCUAAUAUUGUUAUUUUGUAAUAUAUAUGUUCAUUUUGAAAUUGGCUGAACUGUAAAGUGGAAAUAAAGUGCUGAAGCAAUU